UAGGUGUACAAAUGCACCAUUUAGUACUAGUUUAACCGUCAUCAACUAAAGAUGUACGUGAAUAUGGAAUCAUCAAUUUUUACAUUUGUACUCCUCGUUUCUUUAAUCCAAGGAAUACAUUCUUUCAAGUGUUACGAUUGUAAUGGAAGUGAUUGCUUAAAUAUUACUACUAAAACUAUGACUGGUAGAGUGUAACAGUGAUAGUGUGUGUUAUUCCUUCAGACACAACGACUCAAAUGGGAGAGUAGCAUCAAGAGGUUGUACUAAAAAUAUAGGAGACUUGUGCGGUUCUUUUGCUGAUUCAUAUUCAAGCACCAAUUGCAAAAUUUGUUCUUCAGAUCUAUGUAACAACGAAACCAUCGAGCCUUACAACACAACAUUGUGUUACAAAUGUAAUGAUGAUGACGCUUGUUUCGACCCUGUCCAAAACAGAGUUGAACAGGUGAGAUGUAAUAUGGAGACAUCAUUUUGCUAUUCCCAUAGGUACAAAUAUGGUGUCGGAUACAAAGUUGAGAGAGGUUGUUACUCUGGUACUAACAACUUGACCGUUUGCAACGAAUUGAGUAGAGUACGAACCUCAUCAAAUUGUUUGGCUUGUACUACAGAGACUUGUAACUACCAAAGAAUUCUGAAAACUCCUGGAAUGAGUUGCUACGAUUGCAACGAUGAAAACCAAUGCUUUCACCCAGAACAAUAUUCGAUUCCCAUAACAACCUGCAGUUCGGAAAACGCAGUCUGUUUCGCUUUCCAGGCCUACCCAGAUGGUGUAAAAAAAGCUUACAGGGGAUGUUUUAAUGAUGGAGGUACUACUUCGGAAGUAAAAGAAAAACUUAAUGAAAAAUACAAAAAUAUUAACAUCUCGAAACUCUCCGUGUGUGAACAAAGCAAUUGCAAUUCUUUACAGUUGCCUUUGGAAUGUUACACUUGCGGAGGAGUCAACAAUUAUGGUGGAUGUCUGGAUCCGAGUUCCAAUCCCGAUACACAAAUCAAUAAGUGCGAACCAAAGGCCAACAUGACUCAAGUCUGCACUAGUUAUUAUAUCUCAGAUGCUAAGAAGGUGGUAAGGCGUUGUGCCAAUGUAGACAAAACGGUCCUUGAUGUUUGUGACCUUAUCAGUAACCAAUUCAAAGGUGGAAGCAAAAUUACACAGUGCAAUUAUUGUUCAGAAGAUCUGUGUAACAAAGACAUCAUUAAUGGUGCCUCCUUUAAUGGUCUCAGUUUUUAUACUCUCAUUGUCGGUUUCGGAGCUGUUUUACUCACUGGACGACUCUGAAGCAUCAAUAGGUCUUGAAAUAUAGUUAUAGGUUAUUGUAACUUAAAUGAAAUAAUAUUCUUUAUUAAAAA